AAACCCCGGUAGAAUGCAUAUUAUAUGAAAUGGAUCUUAUCGAAUUGAUAACGUCUAAGAACUCUUGAUUUAUGUCAACGCAUGAAUAAAGCUAUAUAAAAUAACCUUUUACAAGCACAUUCCAUUCCUUUAUAUAGCUUUUUUAAGUAAACGAAUACUAAUAUAUAUUCAUAUAUAUUUCAUAUAUACAUUCAUAUAUAUUUCAUGAAACGUAUCGUAGACGUAAAUCAUUUCGUUAAGUAUUUGCCUCGAUCCGAUCGAUCAGAAUGUCUAUUAAAGUUUUUAAAUCGAAAUGAAAUUUUAACAAUUUCUAUUAACAUUCACUGUCCUAUGUACAAGAAUAUAAACAUGCAAUAUUUACGUAUUUAGAUGCGUUAACAAAACGGAUAUAAAUAUAUAUGUGUGUGUGUGUGUGUGUGUCAGUGCGUAUUUGAGUAUAGAUGUAUUCACGCAUCAAAUAAAAUAAAGAAACAAAAGAGGCAAAUGAAAAGGACAUUUACUAAUCGAUUGAUAAUAAAUCUAUGCCAUCAAAGAUGAAAUCAUUUCCUUCGUACAAAUACGCAUACGAACAUCGCGUGACUUCCGACCUGCACGUCAACAAUAUUUCUCUCGAUAGUUUAAAUAUUCAGUCUCGUGUGAUUCUUCUUGUCGGAUAGAAAUUUUCUCAUUUUCUCCAGUAGUUUUCGAUAUGUUCAAAUUGUAAUAUAACAUUAUAACACUACAAUUUAAUCGGAAGAUAAAAAAGAUGGCGUUGAUUUUACCUUUGAAAAUAUUACUUAUUCUUUUCUUUUUUCUUCCAAAGGCUACAAUAUCAUAUCAAUUUUUUUCUAUUGGCGACGAGCAAAUGCCUUUUAUCAUAAAUAUUUGCAAAUCAUACGGGUCGAAAUCUGUAAUUUUUGUAUACUCCGAAUCAAUAAGCGAAAUGGAAAUGACAACGAUGGUGUUCAAAUGGAGACGUGCACUUUCUCGCGAAGGGAUUGCAAGUACGAAUUUGCACUUUUCGCAAAUACAUAAAACAUCGUACUACUUCAAACACACUAUACAACCGUAUUACAUAGCACUGGUCUCUAAUACCAAUGCGAUUAAUGAGUUCUCUUUAGCAACGAGUACCUUUGACAUGUCUUCAGCUGUGUGGCUAGUGAUAUUCAUUUCCAAGGAAAAUGAUACCGAUUAUUGUCACAAUCCACCAGGUAAUAUAUUUCAUGUAAAAUUCAACACCGAAAUGAUGGUCCGUUGUGGUACGGAAAAUAUUUUACGAGAAUGGUACUCGAUCGAUACUAAUCAAAUCGAGAUCAAUGAUGUAGCUACAUGGAGCUUAGAGAAAGGAAUCACAAAAAUAGUUCCAGAUUUUCUUUAUAAAAGAAGAUAUAAUUUACAGGGUUUAGUUAUGAAAGCUGUUACAGUUAAGACCUCACUAUUAUCAAGUAUAACUAAGGAUGGCGAAUUAGACGGUAUAUUCGGUAAAAUAUUAAAAGAACUUUGUGACACUCUGAAUUUUAGUUUUAACGUUGUCUCAGAAGUAGAAGACUUUGGGAGAUGGAAUCCAAAAGAAAAGACUUGGUCUGGAGGAAUUGGAGAAUUGUAUACUGGACGUGCUGACAUCUCUAUAUCAGAUUUUAUUAUUAGUAAUGAUAGAUUUGAUGCAGUUGACUACACGCAUUCUCUUUUCAAUUACAAAAACAUUCUUGUUAUUCGAGAACCAAAACAUUUAGCGAUUCGAUGGUGUUCUCAUUUUUUAACAUUUACGCGUUCUCUUUGGUCUGCUGUGUUUGGAAUAUUAAUUGUUUCAUCGAUUUUCCUAGUCUUACUCAAAAUAAAAAGUGGAACCAAUCGCAAAAUAGGAUAUUUAUUGAUCGAUAAUUUAUUGGAGAUUUGGGGUAUAUUUUGUCAGCAGGGACUGGCAGGUUUGAUUAAAUGUUUCUUGAUUUACGUUUCAUAUCUUUCUUUUAAUAGAUAUAUUUCCUCAAACUAUUCUUUUGCUGUAGAUUUUCCUGAUAAAUCUUCCUUACGAAUAGUAUACUUUUCAAUAUUUCUUUUGAUUAUUGUCUUUUGGGCUGGAUAUUCAGCUGCUUUAAUAAGCAUUUUAACGUCUAUAAAUUACAUAUUACCAUUUAAUUCAUUAGAAGGCUUCGUUGAAGAUGGUACUUAUCAACUUGUUAUUGCUCGUUAUACGGCUUACUAUGAUAAGUUUGCAAAUUCGAAAGAUCCUCUUACAGAGAAAGUUAUGAAGUUGACAUUAAAAGAAGAAGAAUUGUCCAUUACCGAAUAUGAAGGAUUUAAAAGAAUUUGUAAAAAUGGAAAACUUGCAUUAUAUAUGAGUGACCAGUUGAGUCAUUUUGAAAAUCUAGUAAUGCCAUGUAAUAUGAUUAGCAUCGAAACAACACAUAUAAAUCGGUUUGCUAUGAUUUUAUCUAGACACAAUCCAUUCACCGACCUCAUCAAUUUUCAGUUACAGAAAUUUAUCGACAAUGGUAUGAUAAAUCGUUUAAAAUAUAGGUCAUUUAAAAAAGAAUUCACCAAUGUGGUCAAGCACCAACCGGUUCGCCUAAUCAGCAUUAUACCCCUUAUUUUCUUUUUCUUAAUUGGUGUCGUUUUGAGUACUUGUAUUCUUAUUUUAGAAAAGUGUAUUUUCGUUCGUAAAAGGAAGAAAAUGUCAGCGAUACAUCAUAUUCCGUCGAUUGAAUCGUCAGGAUUUUAUGUAAAAAGAAAGAAAGUUAUUAGAAAUAUUAUAAUAGAUUAUGAGAAUCGUUAAUGCGCACGGGUAUGGUACAACAUUUUUAACAACUAUAGUGCUCCCUUUAAUGAAUUUAUAUUUAAUGAAUCUUGAACAUAAUUUCUUCAUGAAAUAGUAACAUGUAUAUGUAUAUUUAAGCCUUUGCAUUAUUUAGUACAAUUAAAUGAAAAGAGAACUUCUUUAUUCUACUGUAGAUGUAAAGGUGUAUAUAGCAUAUUUUCUAUAUUUAUCAAACAGAAUUUAAUUCUUUCGAAUUGUUUCGGUUUUUCGUACCUACACGAAAUAUAAUGCAUCUAUGUAUUUCAUAGUUAAAAGAAGUUUAUUUUCCAUUACUUAUGUAUGAGUCGAAAUUAA